AUGGCGACUCCGCCACCCGAGGCCCCUUCUGUUCUCAAGGAGGAGAAGCCUCAGCUGCCACCGUCGCCCAAUGGCGUCUCAUCUGUGGACGGUGCGCAACCGCCCAAAACCGAGCCUAAACAGGAUGCGCCCGUGAAUGGGACGAUCGAAGGGUCUGCGGAGGCGCCGGCGCCCGUCGCUGUGAACGGCCACAACACUCAGACAAACGGCGUCGCCACGACCACUUCCCCUCCCAAGUCGCCUAGCCUGGAUACCAAGCCGUCGGUGAUGGACCCGCCUGCGGAUGACGCGUCGAAGAACGACACGACUAACAACGGUGAUGCGACCGCGCCAGUGCCAACGACUGGUCCCGACGCGGGAGUCGCUGCUUCGAAAGACACAUCUACCACGGAGGAUGUCCCCAAACCAGCAGAGGGAGCGGCCGACGUUACCACACAGAAGACGCCGGAGCCUGCAGCCCAGGAGACCACUCCAGCAACGACGACUGAACUUCCGCACCAUCCUUCGACCGUCGGCAAAACGGAAGAAAUCCCGAACGCAGAUAGUUCCACCAAUGUGCCCACUGUCCCGCCUGUCCAAUCCAUCGAUCAAGAAAUGCGUGACGCACCACCGCCUGAAGCUCCGCUUUCCCCGACCAAGGUGUCGCGUGAGCGGGAGCCUGAUGUGGCCGAGGAACCUGCGGCGAAACGGACCAAACUUGACGGCGAGUCCUCCGCACCGGCCGAGUUCAAGGUGCCUCAAAUCCCACCAGCCACUCCGGAGACUCCCGCGCCUGCUGCGACGAAUGGGGAGUCGACGAUCACCAAAGUUCAGCACAAGUUCAUCCUCAAGGGUAUUCAGAGCCUGAAGCGUAUGAAUGACUCCCGUUUCUACCGAGAGCCUGUGGACCCGAUCAAGAUGAAUAUUCCCCACUACCCGCAGAUCAUCACUCGUCCGAUGGACCUUGGGACCAUUGAGCGCAAGUUGAAGAACAACCAGUACAAAACUGUGCAAGGGGUUGUUGAUGACUUCAGUCUCAUGGUGCAGAAUGCUGUCACUUUCAACGGACCCGACCAUCUCGUUUCCCAGGAAGGGCAGAGACUCAAGGCUACAUUUGAGAAGCAGAUGGUCAACCUUCCCAAGCCAGAUGAGGUGGAGGAAAAGAAGCCCAAAAAGGUUUCCCCCAAGACUUCUGCCGCCCGUCGGGAGCCUCGGACUAGCACUGGAGGUGCCGCGCGCCCCGCUGGUGGUUCGCCUCAGGCGACCACCUUCGCUUUGGGUCCAGAAGGGCUUCCUCUGAUCCGUCGUGAUUCCACAAAUGCGGAUGGUCGCCCCAAGCGCUCGAUCCACCCUCCCAAGCGUGACCUGCCCUAUUCUACAAAGCCGAAGAAGAAGAAGUAUCAGUGGGAGCUUCGGUUUUGCCAGGAAGUUCUUGAUGAGGUCCACAGAACGAAGCACUACGCCUACGCGAUGCCGUUCUACUAUCCCGUGGAUCCUGUCGCACUCAACAUUCCGACCUACCAUAGCAUCAUCAAGAAGCCAAUGGACUUGUCCACCAUGCAGUCCAAGCUGAAGACGGGCCAGUAUGAGAACGCCAAGGAAUUCGAGACGGACAUGCGCCAGAUGUUCAAGAACUGUUUCAAGUUUAAUAUCCCUGGUGAUCCUACCUUUGUCGCUGGACAACAGCUGGAGGCAGUGUUCAACGCAAAAUGGGCAGAGAAAAAUCGCUAUCUGGAAGCGCACGAACCUCAUCCGGAACAUCACAGUGCUGAUGAGUCUUCUGAGGAGAGUGAGGAAGAAGCGGAGGAGAGCGACGAAGACUUCGAAAAGGUCAACAUUUUGAAGAAGCAGAUGGCGGAGAUGGCUCGUCAACUGGAGGCCAUCGAGAAGAAAAAGAAGAAGACUCCUCCGGGAACUAAGAAGUCGUCCAAAUCCAAGUCCGGGAAAAAGGAGUCCAAGAAGAGUGGACUCCUCUCCGGAAGCAAAAAGGACAAGAAGAGCGGCUCCAAGUCCAAGUCUGGCAAGGAACGCGAGAUCACAUACAACGAGAAGCAGAUCAUCUCCAAUGGGAUCAGUAACCUCACGGACAAGAAAAUGCAGGAGGCUCUCAGAAUCAUUCAGAACAAUGUUCCGAAUCUCAAGGGUACUCAAGAAACCGAGAUCGAACUUGAUAUUGAUGAGCUUCCCAACGAGGUUCUCUGGAUGCUGCUCAGAUUUGUCAGGAAGAAUGCGCCUCAGGUCAUGGAUACCGAGGACAUUGUUACUCCUACUUCGAUGAACCCGCCUGCUCCCAAGCCCAAGAAGAACAAGCCCAUGAGCAAGUACGAGCAAGAGGCUCAGAUCAACAUGCUCGAGAGCAAUCUCUCUCGCUUCCAGGGUGGUGACCGCUCUCCCGAGCCGGUUCCUUCCGUUGAGGCGAACGAAAGCAGCGAUGACUCGGACGAUGACUCUGAAGAGAGCGAGGAGGAGUAG